AUCUCCGUUAUGGCGGCUGCCGAGGCGCGGUGGAAUCAUGUGUGGGUCGGCACCGACACCGGCAUCCUGAAAGGGGUGAACCUUCAGCGCAAACAAGCGGUAAACUACACGGCGGCGGGACAGCCGCAGCGCGAGGAGGCGGUGAGCGCCCUGUGCUGGGGCGCGGGCGGCGAGACCCAGAUCCUAGUCGGCUGUGCCGAUAGGACAGUGAAGCUCUUCAGCACCGAGGAGGGCAGGUUCCAGGGCCAGAGGCACUGCCCCGGAGGCGAGGGCACCUUCCGAGGCCUCGCCCAGGUUGACGGCACCCUCAUCACGUGUGUGGAAUCUGGGAUACUUCGAGUGUGGCAUGACAAUGACAAGGAAGCAUCCUCUGACCCACUCCUAGAACUGAGAGUGGGCCCUGGGGUGUGUAGGAUGCGCCAGGACCCAUCUCGCCCCCAUGUGGUUGCCACGGGUGGGAAGGAGAAUGCUUUGAAGGUGUGGGACCUGCAGGGGUCUGAGGAGCCUGUGUUCAAGGCCAAGAACGUGCGGAAUGAUUGGCUUGACCUGAGAGUUCCCAUCUGGGACCAGGACAUACAGUUCCUCCCUGAGUCACAGAAGCUGGUCACCUGUACAGGGUACCAUCAGGUCCGUGUCUACGAUCCAGCCUCCCCCCAGCGCAGGCCAGUCCUCGAGGCCACCUAUGGAGAGUAUCCACUGACAGCCAUGACCCUCACUCCCGAGGGCAAUUCAGUGAUUGUGGGGAACACUCAUGGGCAGCUGGCAGAAAUUGACCUUCGGCAGGGGCGUUUACUGGGCUGUCUGAAGGGGCUGGCGGGCAGCGUCCGAGGGUUGCAGUGUCACCCUUCAAAGCCCCUCUUAGCCUCCUGUGGCUUGGACAGAGUCCUGAGGGUACACAGGAUCCGGAAUCCACGGGGCCUGGAGCAUAAGGUUUAUCUCAAAUCUCAACUGAACUGCCUCCUCCUAUCAGGCAGGGAUAACUGGGAGGAUGAACCCCAGGAGCCUCAACAGCCCAAUGAGGUGCCCUCAGAAGAUACAGAGACAGAUGAACUUUGGGCUUCUUUGGAGGCAGCUGCCAAGCGGAAGCUCCCGGAUUUGGAACAGACCCAAGGGGUUCUCCAAACCAGAAAGAGAAAAAAGAAGCGGCCUGGGUCCACCAAUUCCUGAAAAGCUUGUGCUCACUUUGUAAAUAAACUGCUUAAUAUGAA